UCGUCCCGCCCGGGCCGGACCCCGGGCAGACCGGGCGGACCGAGCGGGCCAUGCGCGGGAAGCUGCUGCCGCUGGCCGGCCUCUACCUGGUGCAAGGCCUGCCCUACGGGCUGCAGUCGGGCCUGCUGCCCGUGCUGCUGCGGGCGCGGGGCCUGUCGCUGACCCGCGUGGCGCUGGCCAAGGUGCUGUACCUGCCCUGGCUGUUGAAGCUCGCGUGGGCCCCCCUGGUGGACACGCGGGGCUCCCUGAGGGCCUGGCUGACGCUCAGCACAGCCGCCCUGGGCCUGGUGUGCGCGUUGCUGGCCGCCCUGCCUCCCGCCGCGGGCCCCGCGGGGCUGCCCGCCACUGUGGCUGGGCUGCUGCUGCUGCUGAACCUCGGGGCAGCUGUGCAGGACGUGGCCCUGGACACGCUGGCCGUGCAGCUCCUGGAGCCCGCUGAGCUGGGGCCUGGGAACACCGUGCAGGUGGUCGCCUACAAGCUAGGGGCCGUGCUGGCAGGAGGGGGCCUGCUGGCCUUCGUUCCCGCGCUCUCCUGGGCCCUGCUCUUCGUGCUCCUGGCUGCUACCUAUUGGCUGGCCGCUGCCCUGGUCUGGGCCGCGCCGGCCCUGCGGCAACUGCCCGUGCACCAGCCCCAGCCCUCAGAAGCACCCCUGCGCACCCUGCACAUUCUGCAGGACUUGCUGGCCAUGCCUGGUACCCUGUGGACAGCAGGCUUUGUGCUCACUUACAAACUGGGUGAGCAGGGCGCCAGCAGCUUGUUCCCGCUCUUCCUGCUGGACCACGGCAUCUCCACCCCAGAGCUGGGGCUGUGGAACGGUGUGGGCGCUGUGCUGUGCUCCAUUGUGGGCUCAUCCCUGGGCGGGGCCCUGCUGUCCUGGCACUGGCAACCUCUGCCCCUGCUGAGGUCAUUGCUCCGGUUCCGUCUUGGCGGCCUGGCCUGCCAGACCGCCCUGCUCUUCCACCUGGACGGCCCAGGGCUCAGGCUGGGCCCCAGCGCAGCCCUGAGAGGGGCAGCCCUGCUGAGCCUGUGUCUGCAGCACUUGCUGGGGGGCCUGGUUACCACCACCACGUUCACCCUGAUGAUGCGCUGCAGCCAGCUGACACCCAGUGCCCUGCAGGCCACGCACUACAGCCUCCUGGCCACUCUGGAGCUGCUGGGAAAGCUGUUUCUGGGCACGCUGGCCGGAGCCCUGGCUGACAGCCUGGGGCUGCAUCUCUGCUUCUCCCUCUUCCUCGCCCUCUCAGGCUUGCCCAUUCUGUAUCUGAGCCUGGCUCCCAGCACCCUGGCCUGAGCUGGGUGGCCAGCCUGCCUAAUAAAGCUGAGCGUGCGCCUA